CCAGACAAGGUUAACGGGCCUUGGUGAUGGACGUCCUAACUCAAGGUGUUCAAGACGGGGUCCCAUGGUGCAUGCUUUUCGCGGAUGAUAUUAUGCUUAUCGACGACACACGUGAGGGACUAAACGAUAAGUUAGAAUUAUGGCGCCUUGCCCUUGAGACUAAAGGAUUUAGAAAAAGUAGAAACAAGACUGAAUACAUGGAGUGUCGUUUCAGUGGCCGGGAUACAGAAUCAGAGGUGGAAGUCAGGAUUGACUCUCACCUAGUACCUAAGGUAGACAAGUUUCGAUAUCUUGGCUCGGUAAUCCAGGCGGAUGGGGAGUUAAAUGCAGAUGUUGGACAUCGUGUUGGAGUGGCUUGGGCCAAAUGGCGGUUAGCUUCAGGGGUGUUGUGUGAUCCGAAGAUUUUGCCUAGAAUGAAAGGUAAGUUCUAUCGAUCCGUAAUCAGACCUGCUAUGUUAUAUGGGGCAGAGUGUUGGGCGGUUAAGAAGACUCAAGUGCGUCGUCUGCAUGCGGCGGAGAUGCGGAUGUUACGAUGGAUGUGUGGGAAGACAAGGUUGGAUAGGAUUUCGAACGAAGUUAUCCGACGUCAGGUAGGCAUGGCACCGAUGGAAGAUAAGUUGCGGGAAGCGAGGUUGAGAUGGUUUGGCCAUGUAAGACGGCGGAAUGCUGACGCCCCUGUACAGAGAUGCGAGAGGGUUAUAGUUAUCGGGGGAAGUAGGGGAAGGGGUAGACCUAGGAAGAAUUGGAAGGAUGUGAUUAAGCAGGAUUUAGGACUUCUCGACCUGACUGAGGAUAUGAUCCUAGAUAGGAACCUUUGGAAAAGUAGAAUUAGAGUAGCUGGAUAUGAGCUCGGUGUUGUAGAGGUGGAGUCGGGGGUCUCUUGGAAACAGCCUCCCUACUCCCGAGUAAGGGCAAGGUCUGCGUACACACACCCUCUCCAGACCCUACUGUUAUGGGAUUCACCUGGGUUGUUGUUGUUGUUUAAUGGUGAAGAAUUUAUAUGUGGACACCUCCAUUACCCCACAGUAGGAUUGGAUUGUUAAUGUCCCAAUCAGUCCCAACAAAGCCAUUGCUUUGGCUAGAGUUUGUACAGUGUGAUUCCAAUACCAUUUCUCUGGCUUUCGAAUCCAUUCAAAGACAACAUUAAUCCACAAGAAACUCUCUUAAAAUAC